UGCACCGCGUCAGAGUUGUGUAACUUUCCAGCUUCUUCCAAGCAAAAACUCUCGCGGCCGAAGCUAGUUAGCUAGCCACAUCGGCUAAAACAGAAACAUCGAUCUAGUUUCGUUCUGGGUCUUUAAAAAAGUUCACUUUUUGUGUAAAAGUGACUGGUUUUAUCACACGGACACGACGAGUUGGAUAAAAAAGAAGAAAAGAUAACAAAAGAUAAUCGGGGGCGUUUCAGAAAUCAAACAUGUCCUCCUCUUCCUCCUCGCAGGCAUCUUCCAGGCGGCAAUGGUGUUAUCUUUGCGACCUGCCCAAGAUGCCUUGGGCCAUGAUUUGGGAUUUUAGCGAAGCUGUGUGUCGCGGGUGUGUGAAUUAUGAAGGUGCAGACAGGAUAGAAAUGCUAAUCGACACGGCGAGGCAGCUAAAACGCACCCAUGUGAUGCAGGACGGAAGGUCUCCAGGUCCGCAGCCGGGUAGUAAACACGGCCCUGGGGCGAAAGAUAGCCCACUGGAUGGGGGCAGAAACGCUGCUGAGCGAUUUGAACGGAGUAGAGGAGAAUUUAUACCCUCCAGGCUUCCUAAUGGACUUCCCAGGUUGGACGAUGGUGCUGUUGCAGAGGUUAGCAGGCAAAGUCCUAAUGCUAGAAGGACCAUGGUGGCAGGUGUGCCGCCCAAUCUGAUGGCCCAAGGUAUUGUGGGUACGCCGCAUGGGCUACUAAUCGGCACCAGACCUGGCGUUGCACCGCUGGCUAUAUCUGCACCAAUGCUGAGUGAACUUGGGAAAAGACAGGCGAUGAGUGUUGGGAUGUCUUUUGUGAGCUCAGACUUUGAGAAAGAUCUGAAGGAGAAACAGAGAAAUGCUGAAGCACUAGCUGAACUUUCAGAAAGUGUCCGAAACCGAUCUGACGAUUGGGCUGGACGUCCCAAAUCUGUUAGGGACACUUUGCUAACACUUUCCAACUGCACACCAUUCAACGUGCGCUUUAAGAAAGACCAUGGCCUUGUUGGGAGGGUGUUUGCCUUUGAUGCCAAGCUUGGUGUGGAUUUUGAGCUCAAGGUGUUUGUUGAAUACCCGUGUGGAUCAGGCAAUGUUUUCUCAAGCCUGUUGGCGUUGGUGAAGCAGAUGUUCCAGGAUAGCCAAAAAGACUCUGGCAAAGUGAUCAGCUCAGGCUUUAAGUAUGUUGAGUAUGAGAAGCGACAUGGCAUUGGUGAUUGGCGUCUCCUAUCUGAGCUACUCAGCGAUGCUGUUCGGGCAUUUAAAGAACCACCAAAUCCGGAGUCACUCCCUCAACCUUAUUUAGAUAAUGCAUGCACCAUGUUACCCACCGCACUCUGUCAGCCUGGACGUCCUGUUCAAGCCCGAAUGCGGCGACGAAAACCUUCUCCAGAUCCUGAUGGCUCAGAGAGAAUGACUGCAGAGGAGCAGAUACGCCAGCACUGGUACUCUAACAUGAGUACCCACAUUCCCACCAGUUCUCUGGCCAGUGCCAUGUCUGGCCAGCCUCCAAAUCUCCAGGAGGUGGUUCCUGUUUCCCAUGGUAGUGACCCUUCACCGAUCAGUGCCCUCAUGAGUGUUGCAGACAAUGUUGGUGCUAUUAGCCAAUCGCCAAAAGACAUGCCAGGAAGCAGUGUUGCCCAUGCUUCCAGUGCAAGCCCAUCUUCAUCUGGACAAAGGCGACUGGCAUCACGUAACGGUGAAAAUGGAUCCGGAACAGCCACGGUCGCCACAGCGAUGCCCCCUGUUGCAGUGGCAGACCAAGGAUCUGAAAUCUCUGGAACAUCUGGAACUCCUCUUUGUUGCACCAUUUGCCAUGAAAGGCUUGAGGAUACACAUUUUGUCCAGUGCCCUUCAGUACCUAUGCAUAAGUUCUGCUUUCCGUGUACCAGGGAAUUCAUCCGUAAUCAGGGCUCAGGCAGUGAGGUGUACUGCCCAAGUGGUGAUAAAUGCCCACUGGUGGGCUCCAAUGUACCAUGGGCAUUUAUGCAGGGGGAGAUUUCCACCAUCUUGGCUGGAGAUGUGAAAGUCAAGAAGGAGAGGGACCCUUAAUUUAAAGCAGAAAUGUGCAGUUCCUGAACCCCAAAGAUGAUCGCCACCACAGCACUGAAGAGAUGACUGUUCACAUGCACAUGUCCUCUUCCUCCAUUCAUCUUCUUCCCUCUGUUCACGACGAAGAAUCCUUCCAUGAAUCAACUGAUCCAUCUGUCCAUCCUCAUCAGUGUUGAGGAAUAUGUUUCCUGUGUCCGUCCAUCUUUAUUUUUAAUCUGCCACAUUUCCUGUCUUCUGCCCCUAGUAAAACCAACCUUUCACAUCCCAUCUCCUGCUCUAUCCUCUAAUAUCCCUCAACUUUUAUUUCUGUCAUCUCAAUACUUGUUUCUCUCUCUCCUUAUAAAUUCAUUUCACUUCAGUUAUUGCAAUAUGUUUAGCGCUUUUAUCGAAGGCAUCACGUUUUUACCCUCUUGUCCCAAGUUUUCCUGUAUUAUUUACAAUAAAAAAACCAACCUUCCUUC